CGCUGGACGAGUUGUCUUAAUACCUUUCUGCUUGAGUUUAUUCCUCGCUAGACCCUAUUACAACAGAACUGUCGGAUCACCGCAAAGCCCUACAACUCUCAACCAGCUCAUCAGAUUGUUGCGUUAAGCCGAUAAUGUCUGGCAAGAAGUUUGCCGAGAUCGAUAGGGUCCUAAAUUGCGACACUUCGAAACCCUACCAAAUCCUUGGCAUCACGGAAACCACCUCAAAAGAGGAAACUCAGAAAGCCUAUAGAAAGCUAGCACUAGCCGUUCACCCAGACAAGGUAGACCAGAACUGGAAGGAGCGGGGCACAAACGCAUUUAGAAGUUAGUAAAAUUACAGUCCCAAGAUGAGUGCUCCCAAGCUAACCUUUUGUUUGCACUUAGGAAUACAGGAGGCGGCUAAGACCCUGGGAUUCGUGGAUGAGCACUUUGCAGAAAAUGCUUUUGGCCCCGAAAAUGUUCCCAAAGAAGACACCAAUAUGGGUGAAGCUCCCCCGCCGGAAGACAAGAUACCCCAACCUGGGGCGCCCCAGCAAGCAGUAUACGAGAAAGCCACGGAUUUGCUUAAAGCUCUCUGGGAGAAUCCUGAUGACCCAGGCACUUAUAAGGAAUUGGAAUCGAUGAAUGAGAGUAUAAUCUCUCUGAACAGGUUGAGUGGCCUGAGCGAGGAUGAAGCGGAUAAAUUUACCAUUGAAAUAAAUUGGUUCAGGACCCAAUUUAGUAGCGUGAAACUGAUGGGGCAAGACACACUACCAAGGAUAAUGAACCAAGCAAUCCAAUUGUUCGAUGAAAAAAACAAGCGACAUGGCUACCCCGAUAACUGGAACUUUCAACCAUACGUGAGUGGCAGUCCAGUCUUUGGCCGGUCUACACCCAAGGCCGCGGAGAAGCGGAAGGAACAAGAUGAACAGAAGGAACAAGACCAACAGAAGGUGCACGAGGGGCACGACGGACCAGGAUUCAAGCCGGGGUACACUGCUAAAGGAGAGUUGAUAGACGGACAUCGAAUGGUGGGAUAUGGGAUGCAACUGCUUGUGGCAACGAAAGGGAUGUCAGGCGAUGUCCACUGGAAACUACUUCCCUCAAGUAGUUUUAUCUGGACAGUCGUAGAUGCCUACAUGUCAUGUGCCCACGCAAAGCAACUUGACGGUGGUAAUAUGGAGGGGGUGUAUCUGAAGGUGCUGAAUGUCGCACAGGCAACAGGCAAACCCGGCGCCCGCCGACUGCCGGUCACAUUUGCACAAGUGGAGUGGCAUGAUAAAGAAGAGCCAUCCUGGAUAAGUCGAUCAGCGUUGAGGAAGCUCUUGGGUAGAAAGCCCGCGGAUGACGAAAUAGCAGCUGUUACGGGGAUAGAAGAGGUAGCGGAGCUCCCUGGGUAUCCUCAGAUGUCCCUUAAGCCUCCCCUUGAGCGCCCGGAUGAGCCUCUAGAACCUCUACCGCCCCAAAAUGUCACGCUCCCGCACUCAAGUCUGAGGAGCUAG